UGAGACAAUAGGAUCUGAUCCGAUCAUUAAUUGUCUGUUACUCAUGUGUUUAUCUUGAUUUGAAGUAGAGUGAUUCGUUAGCAAAUCAAGUAGAACAAGUGUAAAUUGAUUAUAGUUUUAUCAGCUUUAUCAAAAUUUGUUUUUACCAUCAUAAACAAAACAAUUUUUGAUCUUUUUCUCAUUCAAUAUCAUGUUAAGAUAGUUAUUUUUUAGGGGAAAUGACAGUGAAAAAUUUACUUUCUCUCAACGACAUUUACCAUUUCGAAAUAGCAGAUUAUGCGGUGUUCGGGUCUAUGCUGCUCCUAUCUGCCCUCACCGGACUCUAUUUCGGGUGCAGGGGCAAAUAUUUCAAAAGCGAAACCAGCCAAACUCUUAGCGAAUACCUGACGGGAAACAGAAAUCUAAGAUCGUUUCCUGUCGCUCUAUCUCUAAUUGCUAGCUAUGUUUCUGGUGUUACAAUUUUGGGAACGCCUUCUGACAUAUAUUUAUUCGGAACGCAGUAUUGGUUUAUAAUAAUAGCGAUAUGGUUAAGCGGGUUAACAGUAUCAACAGUAUAUCUUCCAGUAUUUUUGAAAUUACAAGUUAAUUCUUCCUAUGAGUACCUCGAAUUGAGAUUCAACAGGGUUGUUAGAACAAUAGCAUCAGUAUUAUUUCUUUUAGAUGAAAUUAUGUUUUUACCUAUUAUUAUUUAUGUUCCAUCAUUAGCAUUUAAUCAAGUUACCUCAAUAAAUAUCCACCUCAUUGGUACAAUUGUAGCAGUAGUUUGCGUUUUUUAUACUUUCUUAGGAGGACUUAAAGCUGUCGUUUGGACGGAUUCAUGGCAGGUCAUAGCAAUGUUCAUAUCAGUGAUACUAGUUGUAGUUUUGGGAACAAUUCAAGUAGGUGGUCCAAGUAAAAUCAUCAAUUUGACCAGCAAAGGCAACAGAUUCGAAUUUUUCAACUUCGAUCCGAGUUUAUACGAGAGGUAUACCGUGUUCAGUGUAUUAAUCGGUGGGUUUACCUUCUGGACUUGCUUCAAUUCGGUCAAUCAAACCAUGGUUCAGAGAUAUUUGUCAUUACCUACAGUAAGACAGUCAAAACUAUCUGUACUGUUCUUUACCAUAGGCGUGUCAGCAUUCGUAUGGAUUUGUUGCUACACUGGUAUCCUAGUGUAUGCUACAUACUAUGACUGCGAUCCUCUAUCAAUGGGAAGGAUCAAAGCUGACGAUCAAAUCCUUCCGCUGUUCGUUAUGGAAACUGUGGGGCAUUUAAGAGGAGUACCUGGACUCUUCAUUGCUGGUGUAUUCGGAGCAGCUUUAAGUUCGCUUUCAGUAGUACUGAAUUCCACAGCUCAAGUACUCCUAGAAGAUUUCGUAAAGGGUUGCUUGAGGAUGACUCUAACUGAGCGAAAGGCAAAAAUCUUCGUGAAAACCGUCAUUCUAAUACUAGGGGUAGUUGCUGUUGGGUUCAUGUAUGUGGUGGAACAUAUGGGUGGUGUGCUAGCUUUGGCGUCUUCCUUGACCUCCAUAGCGGCCAGUGCUUCAUGCGGGGUAUUUACGUUGGGCAUGCUGGUCCCUUGGGCUAAUUCCUAUGGUGCUAUUUGCGGUGCGAUCGCUGGCGCUUUUAUGUCCGGCCUUGUAUCUUACGGUAGCCAAUACGUGGCAGCUGCGAAAUAUGUCGUUCCUCGUCGUUUGCCGGUUUUUGUUAACGAAACGUGUUACGACAAAUACAACAUUAGUAACAAAACUGUUAUACCAGAAAUUGUUUAUCCGGAUGAAUCGGAUAUUUUUCCACUGUUUCGAUUAAGCUUCCUAUGGAUAACCCCAGUGGGAGUGUUGAGCGUUUUAAUAGUGGGAAUUGCAGUUAGUUUAUUGACUGGUAAGGCUGAUAUAAGUACCAUGGAUCCGGAAUUGAUAUCUCCUGUUAUGCAAUGGGUUCUGCCGCCAGAGUCCCAACGCUACGCGGGCAGUACCAUCAAGAAAGUUAGGAAUGUUGAAAUAUUGGAGAAUGAGAUUAUGGUGACGGUGCAGCAAGAUGGUAGCUUAGUGGAAUUAGAUGGUCGGCAACAAUAG